CAAAUUUCAGGUUAUCUGUUUUUCUGCAUUCUAUACCAUAUUGUUAGUUUUGCAUUCGUUGGCUAUAUGAGUGAUCGAACGCGAUUAUUAUCAACAGCUCUGGAUCCAAAUGAAGAUCCUGUAACGGGUCUGGAGAGAGUAGCAUCCUUUACAAAUGAGAAUGCAGAAGUAAGGAGAAGAAAUCGCGAACAGGCGCAACGUGAAUUGGCAGAAGCUCGCCGGUACAAAUCGCAUACAAACAAAGAGAAAGAAGGCGCAGUUUCUUCACGAUACGAAAGUUUAAAUUAUGAAAUUGUCGAAAAUAAACUCUAUCAGGCUGAGGAGAUGGAACCUGGCCAUCAGAAAAAACUUUUUCGCCAAUCAGUAAAUAGAUGGGUUGUGUGUUUCUUUAUUGGAGUUUUUACUGCAAUUGUUGCAGCUGCUAUAGAUAUAACGAUAUACUAUAGUAGUCUAGUCAAAUUCCGCUUGAUCAUUAGCAGUUUGUUAAAUUUUUGUGAGAAAAGGAUGGAAGUUGGAGGUGGUUGCAUAUGGACGGUAGAAUUUGCAUGGAUUUGCUAUAAUUGCAUUCUGAUCACAAUUUCCGCUUGUUUAGUUUUAUUUCUCUCUCCUAUUGCUGCUGGUUCAGGUAUUUCACAGGUCAAAUGUUUUCUAAAUGGUGUAGAAAUACCAGGUGUUGUACGACUAAAAACUUUGUUUGCAAAAGCAUUUGGUGUAGCAUGUACAGUUGCUGGUGGCUUAAGCGCUGGAAAGGAAGGCCCGAUGAUUCAUUCUGGAGCAGUGGUUGCAGCUGGUAUUUCACAGGGCAAAUGCGUCACCUUCUCACUCGACUUCCAUAUUUUUGAACAAUUUCGGAACGAUCAUGAAAAGCGCGAUUUCGUGAGUGCAGGUGCAGCAGCUGGGGUAGCUGCAGCUUUUGGUGCCCCUAUUGGUGGAGUUCUAUUCAGUUUAGAAGAAGGAGCUAGCUUUUGGAACCAAAGUUUAACUUGGCGCAUGUUUUUUGCUGCUAUGAUAUCCUCAUUUACUUUGAAUUGUAUCCUCAGCGUAUUUCAUGGAGUUGGUGGGUUUUUAUCAUGGAAUGGAUUAGCAAAUUUUGGUGUUUUUGAGAAUCAUAGCUACAACAUUUGGGAAAUACCGAUCUUCCUUCUCAUUGGCGUUCUUGGAGGCCUCUCUGGCGCUUUAUUCAAUUGUUUGAAUUUAAAACUCUCACGAUUCAGGAAGAAGUAUAUUCGAAGCAAAUGCCAGAAGUUGAUGGAAUGUUUACUAGUUGCUGCAGCGUCCGCAUUUACUGGAUUUAUUACACUGUUCUUAGUAAAUGACUGUCAGCCAGUUGGCCGUAACCCAAAAUUAACCGAACUGUGGUGUCGCAAGGGUCAAUACAGUGCUGUAGCAAAUUUAUUCUUUCAAAGUCCGGAAGAAAGUGUCAAAAGUCUGUUUCAUAGUCCAGCAAAUUCGUAUGCGGCUAGUACGCUAUUAAUAUUUGCUGUCGAGUAUUACUUCUUAUCAUUAUGGACAUAUGGGCUGUCAGUUCCGAGCGGUAUUUUCAUACCCACAUUGUUGACAGGUGCAGCAUGGGGUCGUCUUGUUGGAGUUAUUGUCGAAUACAUGUUUCCUGAUAUUACUGGUAUGCAUCCUGGUAAAUAUGCGCUUGCGGGAGCUGCAGCCCAACUGGGUGGUGUUGUGCGGAUGACAAUUAGCUUGACCGCUAUUCUUGUUGAAGCAACCAGAGAUAUCACAUUUGGGUCUUAUGAUGCACAUAUUGAAUUAAAUGAGGUACCGAUUUUGGGUUGGUGUGCGCCGGAACUAUCACGCAACAUAUUAGCAGGGAGUAUAAUGAGGAAGGAUGUAGUAACAAUGAUGCCGAAAGAACGUGUUUCACGCGUGGUUGAAGUUUUACAUGCUACAUCACAUCACGGUUUUCCAGUUAUUAAUGAAAUUAAUUCUCCGUCGAACGAGGAAGAAAUACCUGAAUAUGGUCAUCUGAAGGGGUUAAUCCUGAAAUCGCAGCUAAUCAUUCUGAUUAAGAAACGAGUUUUUUACAAGGAUCCUGACUGUCAAGUUUUGGUAGAUGGAAGCGAAUUGGUUCAGCUGUCUGAUUUCGCCGCUGAAUAUCCGACAAAGUUACAACUGUCUGAAGGGGAUAGAAAUUGUUGGAUAGACUUAACUCCUUAUAUGCAUUCAAGUCCUUAUCGAGUACCUUUGAGUGCUUCGUUGCCAUCGAUAUUUCAUCUCUUCCGUGGAUUGGGAUUGCGCUAUGUAGCUGUCAUUGAUGAUGAAAAUAAACUUCGUGGAAUUAUUACUCGGAAAGACCUCGCAAGAUUCAAGGGACGUCGAACUUUCGGAAAUUAUGCUAUAUGGGAACGUUUUGUCUCGGACUUCGAGACUUGA